AUGACUGAAGGAACGAUCACACGUUCCCGUGCCUUGGAUGAUCAACUCUCUCGCAUUUCUGACUGCAAUGACACAUUAAUGGCUCGAAUGGACCACCUCUCUACUUCCGUCCACCAACAUGCGGAGCUCUUUGAAUCACUACAAAAAUCCAUGGUAGCCCAACAAACUGUUAUGUCUGAGAUGAUGCUCAAAUUAUCGAAGCUCGAGCGCAGCCACCAACCACCAUUACUACCGUCUCCACCGCCUCCUCAAAGUUCACCCCCAAUAAACCCUAUCGGGUUGUCAACCACACCUGGCAUGACUCCACCGCGCCUUCCCAAACUUGAAGUCCCUCUAUUUUCCGGCGACAAUGUUCAUUCUUGGAUAUUCCAGAUUCAACUUUUCUACACCUACCACUCCAUACCGGAGGAGCAAAAAAUCUAUAUUGCCGCUUUUUAUAUGACGGGUGUAGCCUUGCAAUGGUAUCAGUGGCUUUCCUCAACUAACCAAUUGACUACGUGGGAGGCCUUGGCUCAACAAGCCGAGUUCAGAUUUGGACCAUCAGCAUUCAUCAACCAUGAAGCCCGCCUAUUUAAAAUAAAGCAACACUCAUCCGUGACUGCGUAUCUCACUGAGUUUGAAGGGUUGUCUACCAGAAUAUCCGGACUAAGCACCACCAGCCUUCUUAACUGCUUUCUUUCUGGCCUACGGGAUGACAUCCAACAUGAAUUAUAUAUUCUUAAACCAACGUCACUUCCUGAUGCCAUGGGGUUAGCGAAGAUGGUCAAGGACAAGAUUAAUGCAGCUAGAGCUCCCACCGGACCGCCACGUCCUUACAACCGUCCACCACUUCCAUCUUCAUCCCUGCCCACACCAACACCAUUCAUUCCCCGACAAAACCCAACUGGUACAUCCUUACCAGUUAAGCGAUUGACACCGUCAGAGAUGGCCGCACGCCGCGAGAAGGGCUUGUGCUAUAAUUGUGAUUCUCCAUUCACACGCGGACACCAUUGUAAACCGCCUCAAUUCCUUUGUCUUCUAGCUGACGAGGGCGAGGAAACAACUGCCAAUGAUGACCUUCUGGAUCCACCGCUAGCACCGACAGCUCCUGAUCCUCCACCUGAUACUACUUAUGAUCCCGAAGUACCAUGCAUCUCCUUCCAUGCCCUCAAUGGCGUGCUUGUUCCAUCCACUUUAAAACUCCCAGGAAAAAUUCAUAACCAAGACGUCGUCGUCCUCAUUGACAGCGGUUCUACCAAUAACUUCAUUCAGACCCGUUGGGCACACCACCUUGGCUUGACAGUCCAACCAUCUCCUUACCUCAAAAUUACAGUAGGCAAUGGCACAGAAUUGCAGAGUAGUGGCGCUAGUCGGCAAGUACCCCUUCAACUCGGUGAUACCAUAUUUUCCGUCGAUUUGCUACUGUUACCAGUGUUUGGUGCGGAUGUCGUCUUGGGCAUUCAAUGGUUAGCCCAAGUUGGGCCCACACUCUUUGAUUACCAUCAAUUAUGGAUGGAGUUUGACUAUCAAGGAUCCCGGCUCCGUCUUCAGGGCAUGCAACAACCUCACCUCGACUCCUCCUCCGCUGUGGCCUUGAAGCGCCAACUCCGCAGUCACACCACCACUCAAUACUACCAUCUAUCAGUCACAUUUGACUCUAAUACACUUCAAACUUUCCACACUUCUCACCAUCAAGUGGAUAAUUCCGCACCUCCAAUCUUUACCACAAAGCUCAAGACCUUGCUCACACAUUUUGCUGAUAUUUUCACUCUUCCUACAGGUCUUCCACCUUGCAGGACAAAUGAUCACCGGAUUCCCUUACAACCUAACACUACACCUGUAUCUGUAUGA